AUGUUGAGUCCGAAGAUGCAAAAAUCAGUCAGAGUGAAUGAUUCUCAAAUAUUAAUGCUAUCAGAACGAGCUCAUUAUGACAAUUCAUUAUCGGGUUAUUUACAUAAACGCACUGCUGAUUUAACUAAAUGGCAACUUCGUUGGUUUGUUCUUUAUCAGAAUUUAUUGUUUUAUUAUGACAAUGAAGCUUUUUUACGUCCAAGUGGUGUCAUUAUGUUGGAAGGUUGUUAUUGUGAUCGGCUUAUUACGACAACUAACACUGGAAAGGAAUCAGACAAAAAGUUUUGUUUCGCGAUAUCGUAUAGACGAGAAAACCAACGUCAAUAUGAAUUGAAAGCUGACACGGAAUCAAAUUGUAAAUUGUGGAUUGAUGCCAUCAGAGAUGCAAGUUUCAAUAAGCUUUUAUUACAAAAGGAAGAGCUGGAACAAAAACAUUUGCAUCUGUUACAAAUAGUGGAGAGCGAAAAAACAGCUAAAUGGCAAUAUACGCAGCAAUGCGAAGAACUAACGUUCGAAAUUAAAAAAUUACGCUCUGAGUUAUGUAUACUGAAACGAGAAUUGCAAUCAAAUUCAAAAUUUACUAUCGGUAUUAAAACUAAAAAUCGUCGUCAUCACCGGAGGCGUAAUUUAAUUAAUGUCAAUGGUAUUAAGAGUACAAAUUGUUCUGGUGUAUCAUCAUCAAAUACUGCUGGUAUUGUAGAUAUGGAGAAAAUAAAAAAAGUUCAAAGUUUUUUUCGCGGGUGGCUUUGUCGCCGUAGAUGGAAACAAAUUGUUGAACAGUAUAUUAAAAGUCCCCAUGCUGAAAGUAUGAGAAAAAGAAAUAGUUUGGUAUUUCGGAUGGUGGAAGCUGAGGAAGAAUAUACGGAUCAAAUGGAAGUACUUGUUAGUUGUUUUUUAAGGCCCUUUAAAAUGGCUGCUAGUUCAAAAAGACCGCCUUGUAGUCAUGAAGAUGUCAAUAGUAUUUUUUUAAACAGUGAGACGAUAUUAUUUCUCCAUCAAAUAUUUCUCAAAGGUCUUACCUCACGCAUGGAAAACUGGCCAACGCUUGUACUGGGUGAUUUGUUCGAUAUGUUACUUCCGAUGUUAUCAAUUUACCAAGAAUAUGUCCGCAAUCAUCAUUAUAGUCUACAAGUAUUAACAGAAUGUAAACAAUCUUCACCUUCGUUCGCCGCAUUACUAACGCGCUUAGAAAAUAAACCAGCCUGUCGGGGUCGGUCUUUAGAAACUUUUCUCACCUAUCCAAUGCACCAGAUUCCACGAUACAUUAUUACUUUACAUGAAGUAUUAGCUCAUACACCCCAUGACCAUGUAGAACGUAAAAGUCUUGAAAAUGCGCGGCAACAAUUAGAAGAUUUGUCACGACAAAUGCAUGAUGAAGUCAGCGAAACAGAAAACUUGAGAAAAAAUUUAGCUAUUGAGAGAAUGAUUGUUGAAGGAUGUGAUAUACUUUUAGAUGUUAAUCAAGUAUUUGUAAGACAAGGAACGCUUGUUCAAAUUUUGGACAAAUCUCAUGGAAGUAGUAGUAGUACUGGUGGAUUACUUUGGAGUAGAACAAGUGCGAUAACUUUUGGACGAAAAAAAAAUAAUAAUCAUAAUGGGGCAUUGAGACAGUGUUUUCUAUUUUCAAAUCAUUUAAUUCUUACAAUACGACAACAGUCUGAUGGGGAUGAUUUGGGUCGAUUAACUAUUGUACCUGGUACUGGUAAAAUUCCACUGUGUGAUGCGAUACUCAUAGAGGAUCCGAGUGAACAAACUAUAUCAGCAGCUGCGGCAUUUGACGAUGAUGAAAUAUCAGUUUGUUCCUUAUCAAGUGGCUCAACAGCAUCAGCAGUAUUUAGUGAAAGUAGUAGUAUUUUUUAUGGCAGUAGAAGUAGUAGUACUGGUGGAAAUACUUCCUUUGGAAACCGUGAUUUUAAAAUUAUGUUAGAUACUAAAUUAGGUGGUCCAUUAGUUACAAUUCAUCUUUUAGCUCCAACAAUGCAGGAAAAAGCUGCAUGGAUAAGUGAUAUAAGUCAAUGUAUGGAUAACGUACACUUUAAUAAUUUACUUGGUCAUUCAAUAAAUGGCGGUGGUGGAUCUUUGUCAUCAUCUUCAUCAGACACAAGUUCUGCAGUGAUAAUGCCGCAUUCAAUAAAGAAUGAUCCAAAAUUAUUUAAUGACGAUGUUGAUAUAAGAUUUAGCCAAACAUUAAACUCAUGCAAACUUCCACAAAUACGUUAUGCAACACCUGAAAGACUAUUGCAACGACUGACUGAUUUAAGAUUUCUCAGUAUUGAUUUUUUGAAUACAUUUUUAUUAACAUAUCGUGUUUUUACUGACAGUGUCACAGUGUUAGAGGCGUUGAAAAAAGUUUUUUAUAAUUCCGACUCUUCAGCUCAUUUGUCUUUUCCUACGGCAGAAACUUCUCAGUUAUCUAAUAAAGAUCAAGUAGCUUCGACUUCCGGUGCCAAUCAGCAUCAGUCCUCAAUGCUAGAUGAUCAAAAACAAAAUAGUUAUACAUUACGUAGAAUAAGCGGAGCUAGUUCUGUUUCUGGUUAUGAAUCGUCUGAAAUAAGUGAUUCGCGUGAUCAAGUAUUAGUACGUAGUAAUAAUUGUUCUUGUCAUCAUGAACCCAUUUUAUUAUUACCCAAGUCAAUAUCGACAUCAACAGCAUCAGCAUCAAAUAGUAACAAUAGUAAUUUUAAUUGUAAAUUUAAAGAAGAGGAAGAAGAUCAUCACCAUUACCAUCAUCAUUCAGUAUCUAAAAAUGAUGAUUGUUUAAGUAAAGCUAAAAAUAAUAAUGGCGAUGUUAAAUCAGGACAAUCUUUAAUAGAUAAACAGCAACAAUCAUCGACUGCCAAUAAUUUUAAUGUUAAAAUAGACAAUGAAAAUGAUAGUACGCUAUCAAGUUAUCUUACAAUACCUAAAGCCAAUAUGACUGGUUCUUCAUCAAGUUCUGAGACAUUAACAGUGGUCUUGCUAAUUGAUUUGCUGGUAGUCUUGCUAAUUAGUCUUACUAAUUGUCUUGCUAAUUAUCUUACUAAUUUUCUUUCUAGUGGUCUUGCUAAUUGUCUUGCUGGUGGUCUUGCUAAUUAUCUUACUAAUUGUCUUUCUAGUGGUCUUGCUAAUUGUCUUGCUAAUUAUCUUGCUAAUCGUCUUUCUGGUAGUCUUACUAAUUAUCUUGCUAAUUGUCUUGCCGGUGGUCUUGAUAAUUGUCUUGUUGAUAAUAUGAUGGUCAAUAAUACUCCACCAUCAGCUCCUUCAUCACCUAGCAACAAAAGCUCUAUUACUUUAAUUGACUCUACUGGUUGUGGUAAUGCUGCUGAUAGUAACGAUUCAUCAAAAGGUUUUUUUACUACCUCAAUUGAUGAUAGCCAUAAUUCAACACGUAAUGUUUCUUCGCCGGAACAGAAGAGAAAAAUUGAAAUUAUUGAAAAAAAUUUUUCUACUAAUGAUUCGCAGUCAAAUUAUUCACCAAAAACUCCUACUUCAAGAUCGAAAUUUACUGGGACUGUUACUGCCGAGACACCAAUUGGUUCUCGUAAAAAAUAUGACACAGAUAAAAAUGAGUCAUGGACAGUCACUGUGACGUCAGAUGACGACAGUUCAUUAUCUUCACCUUUAAUUAAUCAACCUCAUCACAAUCGUCGUCAUGUCGAACAACAGCAACAACAACAUCGAGCAUCCGUUGUUUCAGCUCCACCGAUAGCAACUUACGACAGUCGUCGUAGUAGUGGAUCGAUUUCGACUAUCGUGGGGAAUUAUUGGACUGGCAGAAGAUCAUUUCAAGAGGGUACUGGUAAAAAUUCAAAAUUGUCAUAUGGUUUUCAAUCUACGCCUCAUUAUCAUCAUGAUAUACCUCCACAAGUAUCUAGAAAAGCUGGUGUUGUUAUUACUAGUUCUCGUCAAAGCCACAGAAGGAGGAGUACAUCUACUGCAGCAGCAGCAUUCGCCAUAGCGACAUCAGCUUCCAGUAACCCACCAGAUAUUAUCAGUAGUAAAUCGUCUGAAUACUCAGGUGAUACCGCAAGUAGUAAAUUACAUCGUGUCGAUGGCGCGUGUAUUAUUGACAGAAAUCGACGCAAAGAGCCUAUUUCAACAGCAGCAACCAUGCGUGUAAUAAAUGUACUAAGACACUGGGUUUCUAAACACGCACAGGAUUUUGAGUUGAAUAAUGAACUCAAAAAUUUAACGAUAGAAUUUUUAGAAGACAUUGUAGACAAUCAAAAUUUGUUGCCAGCAGAGCAUAAGGCUGCUAAUCAAUUGUUGCGAUUGUUAAAUAAAGAAGAAUCUGAAAGUAAUAAAAUUGAUUUAGUCCGUUUAUUAUUACCACCGUCACCAUCGCGCACGAUACAAACUAAAGAAAAUAUUGAAACUCUGUCUGCACUAGAAAUAGCUGAGCAAAUGACUUAUUUAGAUCAUAAAAUAUUUAUAAAUAUUUCAAGCGAGGAAUUUCUUGGACAAGCUUGGAUGAAAGCGGACAAGACAGUUCGUGCACCUCACAUUAUAUUGAUGACAAAAAGAUUUAAUGAAGUGUCUCAAUUAGUUGUGUCGGAAAUUAUCCGAAGAUCAAAUUUAUCGGCCAGAGUUCUUGCCAUUGAAAAAUGGGCAGCAGUGGCUGAUAUUUGCCGUGUACUGCAUAAUUAUAAUGGCGUUUUGCAGAUAUGCGCUGCGUUUACCAACAGCAGUGUUUAUAGAUUGAAGAAAACUUGGGAAAAAGUUUCUAAAACGACAAAACAAACAAUUGAAAGAUUACAGAAUAUUGUUUCAUCUGAUGGGCGUUUUAGAAAUUUAAGAGACGCAUUGCAUCGUUGUGAUCCGCCCUGUAUUCCUUAUUUGGGCUUAUAUUUAACCGACUUGUCAUUUAUCGAAGAAGGUACUCCAAAUUUUACAGAUGAUGGCCUUCUUAAUUUCUCGAAAAUGCGGAUGAUUGCUCAUGUGAUUCGAGAAAUUCGGCACUUCCAACAGACGCCCUACAAAAUAGAGCUAAUAACUAAAGUAACAAACUACCUACUCGACACAACAUUACUUCUUGACGAAGAUGAUCUAUAUCGUAUGUCUUUGGAAAUAGAACCGAGAACCUCCAGACUCAGUAAUGCAACUUUUAUUAGUAUCCCUCCUACCACGAGCAUUAUUCACAACAAUCAAACUUCAACAAAAUAA